AUGGGCAGCGUCCUCCGCCAGGUCCCCGCCGACGACGAGCCGCCCUUCCCGGCCGCCCCCGAGCCCCGCGGGCCCGUCAAGCGGGACUACCACCGCCGGAUCUUUGUGAAUCGGAGCUUGGCGCUGGAGAAGAUCAAAUGCUUUGGUUUAGAUAUGGACUAUACCCUGGCAGUGUAUACAUCCCCAGACUAUGAGGAGUUGACCUUUGAGCUGCUGCUGGAGCGACUGGUGUCUAUUGGGUAUCCACCCGAAGUUCUGAAAUACAAGUACGACCCUGCCUUCCCUACCAGGGGGCUGAUCUUUGAUGCCCGGUACGGGAACUUGCUGAAGGUGGACUCCCAUGGCAAUCUGUUGGCGUGUGCGCAUGGCUUCCAUUUCCUCAAGGGGAGUGAAAUCUGGAAUUACUACCCAAAUAAAUUCAUCCAGAGAGACGACACGAAACGUUUCCACAUUCUGAACACUUUGUUUAACUUGACAGAAACCUACCUCUUGGCCUGCCUCGUGGAUUUCUUCACCAGUUUCUCCAGAUACAUGAACUGUGAGACCGGCUACAGGCAGGGCAACCUCUUCAUGUCCUUCCGCAGCAUGUUCCAGGAUGUCCGUGAAGCCAUGGAUUAUGUUCACCUUUCAGGCUGCCUCAAGGAGAAGAUGCUGAAGGACCUGGAGAAGUAUGUGGUGAAAGAUCCCCGUAUUCCUCUCCUGCUGAGCCGCAUGAAGGACGCAGGGAAAAUGUUUCUUGCCACCAAUAGCGACUACAGUUACACAGAUGCGAUCAUGACAUACUUGCUUGACUUCAGAGAAGGGAACACGGUCAAAUCCCAGCAUCGAUCGUGGCGCUCGUACUUUGAUCUGAUUGUUGUCGACACCCGCAAGCCCCUCUUUUUUGCUGAAGGAACUGUGCUGCGGCAAGUCAACACAGACACAGGGAAGCUGCGAAUUGGGACUUACACAGGAGCCCAUCAGCACUGCACUGUCUACUCUGGAGGCUCCUCUGACAUGAUAUGUGACCUCUUGGGCGUGAAGGGCAAGGAGAUCCUUUACAUUGGGGAUCAUAUCUUUGGGGAUAUUCUCAAAUCCAAGAAGAGGCAAGGAUGGCGCACAUUCCUGGUGGUCCCAGAAAUGGCGAAGGAGCUGCAAGUGUGGACAGAGAAGAGUGAACUCUUCGAUGAGUUGCGGCGUCUAGAUGCCCUCUUGGCUGAACUGUACCAGCACUUGGACAGUGGAAGCAGUGAAUGCCCCGACAUCAGCUCCAUCAAGAAGCAGAUCCAGAAAGUUACCCAUGAGAUGGACAUGUGUUACGGGAAAAUGGGGAGCCUCUUCCACUGUGGCUCCCGCCAGACCCUCUUUGCCAAUCAGCUGAUGCGCUAUGCAGACCUCUAUGCCGCCUCCUUCGUGAACUUCCUCUACUAUCCUUUCAGCUACGUUUUCCGGGCACCAGCAGCUCUGAUGCCGCAUGAGUCAACUGUGGAGCAUGUAAAAAUGGAGACCCCUGAGAUGGACGUCAUGCACCAGCUCAGGCAGCAGAUGGAUUGAGUUGUACUUGGAGUCAAGAUAAAUUGCAGCGAUACCAUGAAGAUCAUUUCACGUGCAACACAUUCUUAGCCUUUAAGCUCCCAGAAAACAGUCAAUGGAUGAAGCUUCCACAAUUUAAUUCUCUCUUCUUUCAAAGAUGUAUAUUUUCUUCUCAAAGGCUUAGGAAAGAUUAGAGAUACCCCCCCCCCCCCCAAUGGCAAAGGCUUUUCCCAGGCAAAAGCAGCCACAUUCUCCAUCUCUCCAGUUGGAACUUUCCCUUCAAUGGGGAGGAAUUCUUGGUUGCAUCUGGUUACCAGGGACACAUCAGGAUCCUCUGGAUGAGAAGGGAAAGGGCAGAAUUCAAAUCCCUAGAGGAUGGCAGCACAGACCACUGGAGAAAGAACGGACCAGGUCUUCAGCUGUCCAUUACGCGGGUUGAACCCACAACUCUGUACUUCCAGAAGCUUGGCUCGAUCACCCAUCACCCCUGCCAAAAUAAAUACAUUUGUGUGACCUCUC